CAAAAAGGUGUCUAAUGAAGACUGAAGGCAACCAGUACUUUAUCAGAGUGUUUGCUGAGAAUGAGAUUGGAGCAAGUGAACCUGUUGAACUGAAGGAACCAGUCACUGCUAAACUUCCAUUUGGUGAACCAGGCCCACCCAUCAACCUCCAGGCUCAGGAUAUCACCAAAAGCUCAUGCACACUUACAUGGGAGGCACCAGAGAAUGAUGGUGGAGCACCAAUCAUUGGCUACACAGUUGAAAAACGCCAGGCAUAUUCUUCAAGGUGGUCGAAGGUGAACAGAGACCUUGUUGAAGAGAUGACACUAGACCUAAAUGACCUUGUUGAGAAGGACGAGUAUGAGUUCAGGGUUAAUGCUGAAAAUGAGGCUGGCCCCGGACCUGCAUCUGAGCCAAUCACAAUAAUUGCUAAAGAUCCAUUUGAUAAACCUGGCCCACCAAGUGCCCCUGUGGUAAUCAUGUCCAAGGACUCGGCAGCCCUCACUUGGGAACCACCCAAGAAUGAUGGAGGCAGUCCAGUGUUCAAUUACCUUAUUGAGAUGAAAGAGGAGGGACAUUACCAGUGGAGUGCAAUCAACACUGAGUUCACCAUCAGUGAGACUAGCUACACUGUUAACAACACAAAGGAGGAAGUCAGAUACAACUUCCGCGUCACCGCACAAAACAAGGCUGGCCUUGGUGAACCAUCCAAGGAGACUAGCGCCAUAUUUGUGGAGGAGGUAAUCUUCCUACGCCCUCUAGAGGACCAGGAUGUCACUGAGAUCCCAGGCGAGGCAACAUUCGAAUGUGAGAUCAACAAACCUGACAUGACCGCUGAGUGGCAACGUGAUGGUAAACCAAUAGAGAAAAGUCGUAAAUAUGACAUGACUGUGGAUGCCACCAUUCAUAAACUGAAUAUCCACAAGGUUGACGGAGAUGAUGAGGCAGAAUACACUGUUGUCAUCAGAGAUAAGAAAUCUCAAGCUGGCCUGUUUGUAGAAGCUGCUCCUAAGUUCCUUGUUGAUGAAGACUUCAAAGAGACAAUCAUCUUGAAAGCUGGUUCCUCCACCGCCAUCGAGAUUCCAUUCUGCGGCAAUCCUGCUUGCAAGGUAUCAUGGGAUUACAAUGGUGGAGACCUACCUGAUGCAAAACGAUUCAAAGUUGAUACAAUUAAAACCAUGACUUCUAUCACAUUUGCCAAAGUUAUCAGAUCAGAUUCUGGAGACUUCAAGGUGACAAUUGGAAAUGCCAAUGGAUCCGCUUCAUUGACCAUUAAACUCAUUGUCAUUGACAAACCAGGUCCCCCAAGGAAUCUAGAGGUAACUGGAGUAACAGAAGACACUGUCAGUCUCAAAUGGGAUGAACCAGAAGAUGAUGGUGGUCGCGAUAUCACUGGCUACGUCAUUGAUAAACGUGACACGACACGUCGUACAUGGCAGAACAUUGAAGAGGAACAGGAAGUUAAGGAAUACACUGCUGUGAAAUUGAUUGAAGGAACAGAGUAUGUGUUCCGUGUCUCUGCCACUAAUGAAUGUGGAACUGGCGAACCAGUUGAACUGGACUCUCCUGCCAUUCCAAAGAGCCCAUACAAUGUACCAGAUAGGCCUGCAGCCCCCACAGUAACUGACAUCUUCAGUGAUGCAUGUACAGUACACUGGGCACCACCUGCCAAUGAUGGUGGUACACCGAUCACAGGCUACAUACUGGAACGUAAACUAGUCACAAGCACACGCUGGAUCAAAAUCAACACUGAGUUUACUGGUCUAGAAACAGUUGUGCCAAAUCUCACUGAGGGCAACCAGUAUGAGUUCCGCAUCAGUGCUCUCAACAAAGUUGGACCUAGUGAACCUAGUCUACCAUCAGAACCAAUCUUGGCUAAAGAUCCAUGGGACAAGCCUGGUAAACCUGGUGUGCCCCAAAUAGGAACUAUCACCAACUCCAGCAUCCAACUCACCUGGACCGCGCCAGAAGACGAUGGUGGAUCUCCCAUCUUCAACUAUGUCAUAGAAUACAGAGCUCAGGGUCAGUUUAAGUGGAAACGAGCCAACCCUGAUGAACAAGUCCCUGAUUUGACUUACACUGUGGAAUCUCUAAAAGAGGAUGAGCUUUAUGAGUUUAAGAUCUCUGCUGAGAACAAAGCAGGUGUUGGACCUCACUCUCAGAAUCUAGAGCCUGUUAGGUGUAAAGAGCCAAUUGUUGGUGACCCACCUAAAAUCCUUGAGCCACUUAGCACGGUGACUGCUGUCACUCCUAAUGAAGCUAUACUGGAAUGUGACAUCGACCCUGGUAAGCCUGAAGCUGAAGUGAAAUGGUAUCGUGGAGGUAAAGAGAUACGCCCAAGCCCAAGAAUUGACAUUGAUUACAAUGAUGAGGUUGCCACAUUGGUGAUUAAGAAUGUUGAACCCAAUGAUGCUGGUGACUAUAGAUGUGAGGCCAUUAAUCCACUAGGUGCUUGCGAAACAACUGGCAAACUAGUGGUGAAUGCCCACCCAACAAUUGAAUAUGAACCCAAAAUGAAACAGCAGAGUCUGAAGGCUGGAAAAUCACUGAGAAUCACAGCUGAAAUUUCUGGCAUCCCAACCCCCUCAGUCUCAUGGAAGCUAGGGGAGAGGACCCUGGAAGACACCAAGGAAGUUACCAUUGAGACUUCUGACACAUUCUCUACCCUGACUGUUAAGAAUCUUACAAGGGAGUAUGAUGGUGUAUACACAUGCACUGCUGAGAAUGUUGUAGGCUCCGAGUCUGCUGACUUCACUGUAUGCGUUAAAGACAAACCAUCACCUCCACUUAACUUGAGAGUCAGAGAAACAGCCAAGGAUUCUAUUACUGUCACUUGGGAAACACCUGAGCAUGACGGUGGCUCUGAUAUCACAGGUUACAUCAUUGAGCGACGUGAUGCCAAACGUAACACAUGGACUGGAUCUGGUACCACUAGAGCCAAUCAGACAGAGUUCACUGUUGGCAAAUUGACUGAAGGAAAUGAUUACUUUAUCCAAGUGUUUGCCGAGAAUGAGAUUGGUGCAAGUGAACCUGCUGUUACUGAUGAACCAACCACUGCUAAAAUGCCUUUUGAUGUCCCAGGCCCACCAAUUAACCUUAAUGCAGCAGAGGUGACCAAGAAGAGUGCCACCCUAGAAUGGACACGUCCAGAAGAUGACGGAGGCUCUCCUAUCACCGGCUACAUCAUAGAGAGGCGCCAGGCAACCAGUACCCGCUGGAUACGACACAACAAAGAAACUGUAAGAGAAACAACUUACAACCUGAAAGAACUCAUUGAAGGCAAUGAAUAUGAGUUCAGAGUUUCUGCUGAAAAUGCUGCUGGUGUUGGAAAACCCUGUGAACCAACUAAGUUUGUGGCAAAGGACCCAUAUGAGAAACCAGGAGUGCCAGGUAGACCUGAAGUGACCAAUAUAGUCGCUGACCAAGCUACCCUGACCUGGAGCCCCCCACAUGAUGACGGAGGCUCCCCCAUCUUCAACUACGCCAUAGAGAUGAGAGUCAGUGGAGACUUCAAGUGGACCCUGGUGAACAUUGAUGACAAAUGCCCAGAUACAACAUACACUGUGCAUGGCCUUAAGGAAGAAACUGAGUAUGAGUUUAGAGUUUCUGCACAGAACAAGGCUGGUCUUGGUGAUCCAUCUCCUCCCUCUCUAUCAGCUAGAUAUGAAGAGGAGAUCAACUUCAUCAGACAGCUGGAAGACCAGGAUGUCACUGAAAUCCCAGGCAAAGCCGUAUUUGAGUGUGAACUCUCCAAGGCUGAUGUAGAGGUUAGCUGGUUGAGGGAUGGAAGAUCUAUCAAGGCCAGUAAGAAGUACAAGAUUGUUUGUGAGGGCACUGUGCACAGGCUGGAGAUCUCUGAUGUUGAUGGACAGGAUGAGGCUGAGUACACAUGCACUUUCAAGAACAAGGAAAGCAAAGCUGCACUUUUUGUGGAAGCCCCACCUGCUUUGAUGAUUGAUGAGAAAUACAAGAAGACAAUCAUCCUAAAGGCAGGUCAGAGCACAGUGAUUGAGAUUCCAUUCACUGGCUGGCCCAAGCCUAAGGUAGUCUGGACAUUCAAUGGAGGUGCCAUGCCCAAAGACAAGCGUAUCAAAGAAGAGACCAUACAGACUAUGUCUGCUGUAACUAUUGCUAAGUCCAAGAGAGAGGACUCUGGAGAUUAUGUGCUUGUGGUGGAGAAUCCUAAUGGAUCUGUCACUGCAACCAUCAAAGUUCUGGUGCUUGACCGACCUGGUCCUCCAAAGAACUUCAAGGAGACCUCUAUUGGUGAGACAAAUAUUGACCUAAGUUGGGAAGAUCCUGACGAUACUGGUGGCUGUGACAUCACAGGAUUUAUCGUAGAGAAACGUGAUACUCUCCGCCGCUCAUGGGAGUCUGUUGAUACAACAGAAGACUUCACAUGCAAUGUCACUAGACUAACUGAGGGCAAGGGCUACAACUUCAAGGUCGCUGCCGAGAAUGAAGUCGGAGUUGGAGAGGCAGUUGAAAUUGGACCUAUCACACCUAAGAGUCAAUUCAGUGUCCCUGACGCCCCCGAUGCACCAACUGUGAGUGAUGUAUUAAGUACAUCAUGCCAAGUGAGCUACCAGCCCCCUGCUAAUGAUGGUGGAACCCCUGUAUUGGGAUACCAUGUAGAACGCAAGCUCACCACCAGUAACCACUGGGUGAGAGUCAACAAAACCCUGAUCUCUGAGCUAACCUAUAAGGUGACAGACAUAAAAGAAGGCAAUGAGUAUGUGUUCAGAGUGCUUGCAGAGAACAAAGUUGGACCAAGUGAACCUAGCAAACCAUCAGACUCUAUCCUUGCUAAGGAUCCAUGGGAUAAACCUGGCCCUACAGGUGUACCUCAAGCAGGUAAAGUGACCAACUCUUCCAUUGAACUAACAUGGACCACACCAGAAGAUGAUGGUGGUGCACCAAUCAUCAACUACAUCAUAGAAUACCGUGCACAAGGCCAAUUCAAGUGGAAGCGUGCCAAUCUCAGUGUGGAAGUAGUGGACACGAGCUUCACUGUUGAAAAACUACAAGAAGAUGAGCUGUAUCAGUUCAGAGUUGCUGCAGAGAACAAAGCAGGUCAAGGCCCAUUCACUGAGUCCACUGAUGCUAUCAAAUGCAAGGAACCAAUCGUAGGCAACAAGCCACGUAUCAUGGAGCCUCUACAGAGCUUCACUGUUGUAUCACCUAAGGAAGCUGUAUUUGAGUGUGAUAUAAGUGGAAAGCCUGAGCCUGAAAUACACUGGUACAAAGACGGCAAAGAGAUCACAGCCUCUGGCAAGUAUGAGAUGGACUAUCACUAUGGCGAUGAAGUUGCUAUGUUGGUUGUCAAGGAGACGAUCCCUAGUGAUGCUGGCAAGUACACCUGUGAAGCCUUCAACCCACUAGGACAGUCUGAGACCUCUUGCAAGCUGACUGUCCAUACACACCCCGAACUUGACUAUGACAAAUCCUUGGAGAGUCAAAGUAUCAAAGGUGACAAGAACCUGACCAUCAGUACAAACUACACUGGUAUACCUACACCCUCUGUAACAUGGACCCUCAAUGGUGAAACACUGGAGAGAAGUGCAAGAGUGAACAUUGAAGAGGGUGACAACUACUCAACGAUUACAGUUAAAAAGGUCAACAAAAAUGAUGCAGGGAAAUAUGAGGUUAAAGCUGAGAAUAUAGUUGGCAAAGCCACUGCUGUGUUUGACAUCACUGUUCAGGACAAGCCAUCUCCACCUAGGAGUCUUACAGUCACUGGUACUACAAGGGAGUCCAUCAGUGUCUCCUGGGAUGUACCUGAGGAUGAUGGUGGUUCAGAAAUCACUGGUUAUAUCAUAGAGAAACGUGAUGCUAAACGUAACACCUGGACUGAUGUAAAAACCACUAGCGCAAGUACACUGGAGUGCACUGCUGCCAAGUUGGUUGAAGGCAACAAGUAUUACAUCAGAGUGUUUGCUGAGAAUGCUGUAGGCACCAGUGAACCUGUGGAAUUGCCUGAACCUGUUACAGCUAAACUGCCAUUUGAUCCUCCUAGUCCUCCAAGAGAUCUCACUGUAGGAGAUAUCACCAAGACAACAGCUACCCUAUCCUGGAAGAAACCAGCCAGCGAUGGCGGUUCUCCCAUCUUGGGUUACUACAUUGAACGUCGCCAGUCCUACAGCACUAGGUGGUCACGUCACACUAAGAAGAUCGUAAAAGAGUUGACCUUUGACCUGAGUGACCUGACAGAAGGGGAGGAGUAUGAGUUCCAAGUGGUAGCUGAAAAUGAGGCUGGAGUCAGUCAACCUUGCGAGUCUGUCAAGUUUGUUGCCAAGGAUCCAUUUGAUAAACCUGGACCACCUGGCCAGCCCACUGCUAAACUUGCUGAUGGUAAAAUAGUCCUAGACUGGGCCGCCCCUGAUUCAGAUGGUGGUAGCCCCAUAUUUAACUACAAGAUAGAGAUGCGUCGCAGCGGGGACAUGAAAUGGUCCUCUGUAAAUGGAGCUGAAAAGAUGCCACACCUGAACUAUGAUGUUACAGGACUUAAAGAGGAACAGGAAUAUGAAUUCAGAGUUACUGCUGAGAAUAAGGCUGGAUAUGGAGAACCAUCUCCACCAUCAGAGAUGCUCAAAUUUGAGGACUUAAUUGACUUCAUCACUCCCUUGGAGGACCAAUCCAUCACCAGCCUUCCAUCUAAUGCAAGCUUCCAAUGCGAGAUAUCUAAACCCAAUGUAGGCGUGCAAUGGCUGAAGAAUGGUAAGCCAAUCAGGGCCAGUGAGAAGUAUGAUAUAAUUGCUGAUGGGAAGACUCAUCGUCUUGUGAUUGUGAAGGUUGACCAUGAAGAUGUGGCAGAAUACUCAGCUACAUUCAAGAGCAAACAAUCCAAUGCUAAACUCACUGUUGAAGUUGCCCCCAACUAUACACUGGAAGACAAAUACAGGGAAACCAUUGUCCUGAAGAUCAAUGAAUCUACCGUCAUAGAAAUCCCAUUCACCGGAAGCCCAAUGCCAGAUGUGACCUGGAAGUUUAAUGAUGGUCCCCUGAAAGAUAAACGUCGUAUGAAGGUAGAAACGAUUAAGGGUAUGACGUCAUUUACUCUAUCACGUGCUGAGAAACAUGACGCUGGUAGGUACACAUGUACUCUUGAGAACAGUAUUGGCAAGACAACAAUCACCAUCAAAGUCCUGGUACUUGAUAAACCAGGUCCACCCAAAAACUUGAAGAUUACAAGCACUGAGGAGACAUCAGUGUCUUUGAAAUGGACAGAGCCUGACGAUGAUGGAGGCUGUGAUAUCACAGGUUACGUCGUUGAAAAACGUGAAGCAUUGCGUCGCUCGUGGCAACCAUUGGAAACUGUUAGUGAGUUGAGUAUCGUCGCGGAUCGUCUCACUGAGGGAACCCAAUACAUGUUCCACGUAGCUGCACAGAACAAAUGUGGCAUGGGAGAGUUUGUCGAACUGGAUGCUCCUGUUGUACCUAAGAGCAGCCAUGUUGUUCCUGAUGCACCUGAAGCUCCUGAAGUUACUGAUAUCUUCAAAGAGUCUUGCAAAGUUACAUACCAACCACCAGCAAAUGAUGGUGGAAGCCCUGUCCUUGGUUAUUUGCUCGAGAGACGUCUCACCUCCAGUCAGAGAUGGAUCCACAUGUCCAGGGAACCUAUCCCUGAAUUGACAUUCACCAGCAAGGACCUCUCAGAGGGACAAGAAUAUGAGUUCAGAGUAUCUGCUGUCAAUAAGAUUGGGCAGAGUAAACCAAGCCCACCUUCCAAGCCAUUCACUGCUAAAGAUCCAUUUGAUAAGCCUGGUGCACCUGGCACCCCCAAGAUAGUUGCUCUAACCAACACCUCUGCAGAGCUGAGCUGGAGUCCCCCAGAGGAUGACGGAGGUAGCCCUGUAUUCAACUAUGUUGUAGAAUACAAGAUGCAAGAGGGUUUUAAAUGGACAAAGGUUCUAACUGACAUCUCUGAUACUACAUUCACUGUGAAGAAACUGAAAGAAGACCAGCUGUAUGAAUUCAGAGUGAGUGCAGAGAAUAAGGCAGGUGUUGGACCUAGCUCCCAGACACAACAACCAGUCAAGGUCAAGGAACCCAUUGUUGGCCACAAGCCUAAACUACUUGCUCCAUUGGAUGAGGUUACAGUCGUUGCACCCAACGAAGCCAUCCUUGAAUGUGAUGUUGACCUUGGCAAACCCACAGCUGAGAUCAAGUGGUUCAAGGGAUCAAAGGAGAUCUACAAGGGACGUAAAUAUGAGAUGGACUUUGAGGGUGAGAUUGCUACUCUUGUGGUCAAGGAGACUGAACCAAAUGAUGCAGCAAAGUACAGAUGUGAGGUUGCUAACCCACUAGGCAGAGUGGAGACAACUGGACGCCUGCAUGUAUACACUCCACCAGUGUUGGACUAUGACAUGAAACUUGAGAAACAGAACCUUAAGGGAGGCCAGACAAUGGUCAUCACUGUGAACAUGACUGGCACUCCAGCACCCAAAGUAACAUGGACCUUCAAUGAAGUUGACUUAGACUCUUCCGCAGUGGUCGAGACAACAGACACCUAUACAACUGUUACCAUCAAGAACUGUAACAAAGAUAAUGCAGGCACCUACAAGCUGAUUGCUGAAAACAAGGCUGGUGUGGCCAAUGCUGAGUUUGAUGUCUUGAUUAGAGACAAACCAUCACCUCCAUUGAACCUACAAGUGACAUCCACUAGCAAAGACAGCAUCACUGUUGCCUGGCAAGCUCCUGAAUCUGAUGGCGGUGCAGAGAUAACUGGUUACGCCAUCGAACGACGUGACGCAAAGCGCACAAUGUGGACCAAUGCUGGCACGACUGGUGCUGGAACUAUGGAGUUCAGAGUUGGACGCCUGCAAGAGAACAACCAAUACCUUAUUAGAGUGUUUGCUGAAAAUGCUAUUGGUGCAAGUGAACCCGCAGAACUCACUGAGCCAGUCACAGCUAAACUGCCAUUUGGUGAACCAGAGGCACCACGUAACCUUAAGUUCUCCAACCUGACCAAGACCUCAGUUGAUCUUGAUUGGGAACCACCAAAGAGUGAUGGAGGUUCUCCUAUCACUGGCUACAUCCUAGAGAAGAGAGUCUCCAAGAGCACACGCUGGACAAAGGCCACCAAGACUGGCUGCAAGGAGCUCUCAUUCUCCACUAAGGACCUAAUGGAAGGGGAAGAGUAUGAAUUCAGAGUGCUAGCAGAGAAUGAGGCAGGACUUAGUCCAUUUUCAAACUCUGUCAGCUUCAAGGCUAAAGACCCAUAUGAAGCCCCAGGACAGCCUGGUAGACCAGAGGCCAAGAUCACCAAGGACUCCUGUGAAGUGACAUGGACUGCACCAGAAGAUGAUGGAGGUGCACGAAUCACAAACUACCGAAUUGAGGUUAAGAUCCAAGGGGAAUACAAGUGGAAGGUUCUGAAUGUUGAUGAUACUGUGCUCUCUACUGACUACACAAUGAAAGGAGUCAAAGAAGAGACAGAAUAUGAGUUUAGAGUCACUGCUGAGAACAAGGCUGGAUAUGGAGAACCAUC